UGAGAGGCCGCAAUUUUCAGAGCUUUAGCCCGUGAUGCUGAAGAAUGUAAAUCUGUAGGCUACGGUGGCUUUCCUCUUACUAAUCAUCUUAUUUGGCGACGCAACAUAGGGACGACUUCAAUCAAAAGCAAUACGUCGGAUGAAUGUGGCGAUAUAAGUGACAGGUGCAGCAGGCAAUCUUUCGCUGCGUAAGGCGUUGCAAGCAUAUCGUGCUCACAAAUGACUGAUCCCCCAGCAGAGACAUGCUGUAACUGGGAUAUCACGGUGCUGGAGACAGUGUCAUCAUGAAGAGCUCCAGCUCCAGAUGGGCCUUCUCUUUGGGCUUUUUGGUGGGGGCCUGCAGCAUCUACUUCUUCCUGCGGCAGGUGUGGUUUGAGAGGAGCUACCCCAUGCCGUCAGAGGCUCAGGAAAAAGCCACACCAUUAUGGGAGAGGCCAACCAGCUGGAGGAAGGAGGGAGCUGCUCUCAUCAACCUGCUCCACCCUCACCAUGCAGGUGAAGACAGCUGGGUGGCAGAUAUGUUGUACCAGAAGGUGCGUGUUCUCUGUUGGGUGAUGACAGGGCCGUAUAACCUGCAGACCAGGGCCCGCCAUGUCAGGGCCACCUGGAGUCGCCACUGCAACGUGGUGGUGUUCAUGAGCUCUGUGGAGGACCCAGACUUCCCCACUGUGGGCCUGGGCACUAAGGAGGGCCGUGACCAGCUCUACUGGAAGACCAUUCGAGCUUUCCAUUAUGUCUACGAGCACCAUGCGAAUGAAGCAGAUUGGUUCUUAAAAGCGGACGAUGACACCUACGUGGUGGUGGACAACCUGCGCUGGAUUCUGUCCAACCACACCCCUGAAGAGCCCAUCUACUUUGGUAAACGUUUCAAGCCUUACACCAAGCAAGGCUACAUGAGUGGAGGGGCAGGAUAUGUGCUCAGCAAAGAGGCCCUCAAGAGAUUUGUGGAAGGGUUUCGGACCAAAGUUUGCACACACACCACCCCUGUAGAAGACCUAGCACUGGGGCAGUGUUUGGAGAAGAUGGGCGUUCUGGCAGGCGACUCCAGAGAUACUUUGCAUCGAGAAACUUUCCAUCCAUUUGUGCCAGAGCACCACCUAACUGGCAAGUUCUCCAAGAGCUUCUGGUACUGGAGCUAUUGUUACUACCCAAUUGUUGAGGGUCCACAGUGCUGCUCUGACCUGGCAGUGUCCUUCCAUUAUGUUGAAGCAGAGCUGAUGUACACACUGGAGUACUACACCUAUCACCUGAGAGCAUAUGGCUACAGGCCACGCUACCGGCCCUCCCUACGCCAGGGUCUGAGCCACGGCCCACUCUCACAGACUGCCGUGACUGUGAGAAUUAAAAGUAUUCAGGAGGGCACAGAUGUAAGGAGUCACGCUACUCCAGUCUUCUCGGUCAAUGAAAACCAAACUGAAGCGGAGACGGAGUCAGAGAAAGAGGGGAAAGACAAUCUAAACUCUCGCUUUACUGAGAACAGGACUGCUGUCACACAAGACAGGCAUCGCUGAUUCUGUGUUUCAGCUGGUGUUGAAUGUGCGCAGAUGUGCCAGAGAGGUGUAUUAGGCUGCACAGUACUUUGGCUGAUUAGUGCUUCCUUCUUACAGGGCUUCCUUGAUCCAAUAACAGUAUAUUCCAUCCAGUAUGACACUGUAAAUGUAAUUUAAAUAUGAUUCAGUGGCAGCUCCAUAUGGCUUUUGUUACCCUGGAUUAAUAUUUUAGUUUAUCUUUAUUAUGUUAGACAUAAUCAGUAUUUAAAUGUAUGAAUUUGUUACGUUACACAGUCACAGAUGUUUGAGCUUGGACUUGAUGCAGCAAGAGGCCCAUAGCCUAUUAUUUCAAUGUAUUUUACAAGUACCUGAUCAGAGCCAAUAAUACAGUACCGGGUGUAUGAAAAGAUUUUUAUCAUUCUUAAGUCAUUAUUUUCAAUUUAUUUCUUGAAAUGGAAAGCAGCAACAAAUGGCAGUGUGUGUCACAACUUCAACAUAGCUUCUUUUCUAUGUGGCCUUUUUGCUAUUCUGCAUUCUUCAUUUGUUACUUUUCUGAAGUUACAUUUCAGUUAUAUAAAACUUAAAAAAAAAAAUAAAUUACAAUAAGAUUUUGUCAUUUAAUUUCCUUUUGGAUACUUUGUGGUUAAUUACUUAAGACAGACUCGUCCACAGCGAGCAGUAAUUCAAUGUUUGUUUCAGUAAGAAAAGCUACAACUUUGCUGUGAAAAUGUUGAGAGAUAUGAGAUGCUCUGAUAUAGAAGUGCGUACUUAAAACCCUCUGUGCUUCUGUUUGAGAACACUGUAGCUUCUGAAGAACACAGUAUUAUAUAAAGCCCCGAUGAAUCCCUC